AUGUCUGAUAAACCCGAUGUGGCUGAGAUCGAGAAAUUUGAUAAGUCGAAAUUGAAGAAGACGGAAACACAAGAGAAAAAUCCACUGCCUUCCAAAAGAACUAUCCAACAGGAGAAGCAAGCAGGCAAGUCGUAA